UUUACGGUCUUAAAGUCUCUCUCUCUGGUCUGGUCUCAGCAUUAUUCUUCAGCACUGCUCAUCUUCACACACCACAUCCACCAAAUCACAAGAUGAUCACAAUAUUCUGCGCUUUCUUCACUCUUCUGACCUGUGUCAGUGGAGCGACUGUAGUGACUCAGAGUCCAUUAAUCACAGUCAGUAAAGGAGAAACGGCUAAACUGGACUGUAAUCUGGGGACAGUAACUGAGUCUUCUGCUAGAUGGUACAAACAGACUCCAGCAGGAGCUCCUCAGUAUGUGUUAAGAUUUUAUCAUGAGUGGAGCUCAGCUCAGUAUGGAUCUGGUUUCUCUGCUCCUAAAUUCACAUCAACACAUUCAUCUAAAUCAGAUUAUAGUCUGAUCAUCAAUAAUGUGGAUGUUGAUGAUUCUGCAGUGUAUUACUGUCACACAUGGGACAGCUCUGUCACUGUGGUAUUCGGACAAGGAACAAAACUCAUUGUGACUGAUGCUGCUGCUGCUGCUCCUGUGCUGGACAUCCUCCGUCCAUCCAGAGAAGAGCUGAGCUCCAGUAAACUCACUCUGGUGUGUCUGAUCAAUCACAUGUCUGGGGCUUUUGCUGAUGUGCGUUGGCUUGUGAACGGGAACUCAGUUACUGAAGGAGUCUUCACUGGAUCUGCUGAAGAGCAGCCUGAUAAGAAAUUCAAGAUGAGCAGUAUUUUAACCAUUGAGAGCUCAGAGUGGGACAAAGACGCACAGCUGACAUGUGAAGCGACUGCUGCCUCAAAAACCACCAGAAAAAGCAUCAAGAAAUCUGAAUGCAGCGAGUGAACGCAAAGAAUUUGAUGUGCUGUUUGAUUUUUUUAUGGUAGCAUGUAUUUCCAGGCGCGGUGUAAUAGAAAUCAUGAAACUAUUACAAAUAGUUAAAGAAUGUAACUUAGUAGCUUGAACUGUGUCAUUUUUUGCAGGAAAUGUUUUGGCUUUAAUGCUAAUGUAAAAUGAUUUACAACCUGCUUAAUAAACCGCAUGUUAAAAACA